UCUCUCUCUCUUUCUCCCUCACUAUCAGUCUCGCCCUCAUUCCCAUGCACACGUUAAACCGGUUCAGUGUCAGUGUGUGUGUGGACCGUGUAAACGCUCCAGUCGGGAUUUGGACUCCGUUUAACGGGAUUAGGAAUAACGCGUGUGUGCAUCCGUUUUGCUCGGCGGCUCCGCCCGGUGCACGGUGCGCACCGACUGCUCACAUCUGAACACUUUUAUUGGAUUGACCGACAGCGGCGGGAGAGGACUGGUGUUACCCCACACACAGGACAAAGAAAACGGGGGGAAAUUAAGGAAAAGCUGCUAAGAGUGGAAGAAGAGAGGGAUGAAAAUGGAUAACUGUCUCCUCACACUCGUCUUUGGUCUUUUAAUGCUCGAUGGGUGCUUGGCCCGGGUGGUGACGGUGUCUCCCGGCCCUUUGAUCCGGGUGGAGGGUCAGCCGGUCUCCAUCAGGUGUGAUGUCAAGGACUACAGCGGACCUCGUGAGCAGGAUUUCGAGUGGAUGAUAUCCAAGGAGGCGGGCGGGACGAAGAUGAAGAUAAUCUCCACCUUUGAUGCCGGCUACUCUCACGCGUCGCUCAGCAAGCGUGUUGCGUCCGGCGACAUCUCGGUGGUGCGUCUCGAGGACAACGAGGUGGAGCUGAAGAUCUCCGAGGUGAAGACGCUGGACGCCGGUGUCUACUUCUGUACAACACCGAGCACCGACUCCAUCAUCAGCGGCAACUACGAGGCUCCGGUCCAACUCAUUGUCAUCCCAAACACCCUCAAGGUCUCGCCCCUGACCCCGCCCCCUGUCGUCCCAGAAGGAAGUGACCUCACGCUCUCCUGCAACGUCACCCGGGAGCUCACCCACCCCACCUACCUGUCCGUCACCUGGUCUGUGAAGAAGGGAGCCACGUCGGAGGAGAUUCUGGUGUUUGGCCCUCAGGGAGACGUGGUCACCGGGGCCAAGUUCGCCCGGCGAUACGCCGACGGAGGCAUCCGAUUGGUUCCCGGCAAGAACGGAUUGUUUGAGUUGGUGAUUUCCAAAGUGACGACGUCUGAUGAAGGGAUUUAUGAAUGCAACGGGACUGAGUGGACGCAUGAAAGCGGAGGGAAAUGGAUAAAAAUCGUGGAGAGCAAAAAGGAGAUGGGAACUGUUGCUGUUACGCCUACAGGUCAGUCCCUCAGCGUGAAGGCUUCCUCCUCCUCCUCCUCCUCCUCCUCCUCCCCUCUGCUCCUGUCCCCCGGCGAGUCGCUGACCCUCCUCUGCUCCGUGGCGGCCGACAACCUGGCGGCGCUCGGCCUGGAGGUGACCUGGCUGGCCGACGGCCGCGACAUCAUCACCAUGGAGCGCAGCGGCGUGGUCAUCACCAACACGUCCUCCGGCGGCGCGCAGGGGAAGAGAGGGGAGGCCACGCUGGAGCGUACGGGGGCGGAGGAGUACAGGCUGGGGGUGAGGGGCGUGAGCGGCGAGGACGGAGGGGCGUACGCCUGCCGCGUCCGAGCCUUCAUCGAGAAAGGAGGACGCAGCUCCGGAGGAGGAGGGAGGUGGCACAUGGCAGCGGAGAAAACCUCCAGCCCCGUGACGGUGAAGGUGGCGCAGAUCAAGCCGAGCUUCACGGUGACCCUGGCGGCCGUCCAGAACCCCCAGAUGACGGCUGAACCCACCGAGCUGGCCUGUCAUGUGACCAACAUCACCCAUCUACCUGUGGGAGGCCGACUGGGCGUCUCCUGGCAACACACCACCCUGCCUGGCAGUGAUCCUCAGGCCUCCCAUCCCAUUGGCUCCCUGGACGGCCAAGGCAACCUGUUGCUGGGGCCGAUGUACUCCGAGCGGCUGAAGAGCGGCGUGAUGUCUCUGAGCAGAGUCCAGCCCGACACGUUCAAGCUGCGAUUCCUCCGCACGCAGGAGAUCGAUAGGGGCCAGUACGUCUGCACCGUGUCUGCUUGGAGCGUGAACAGCCAGGGCGAGAUGGUGAACACGGCCGAGUACCAGAGCUCACAGCUGGCUGUGAAGUGGGACACCAAAACUCCGACUCUGAACGUCGCCGCCAAGCGCCUCCGUGAAGCUGCAGUGGGCGGAGCUACCUUUGAGAUGAGCUGCACCGCGACCACGGAGAACCUCGGGGAGGUGGGUUACUCGGUGCACAUCCAGUCGCAGGAAAGCCUGGACGCCGCUGUGAAAACCAUCAUUUCUCUGAGCCCAGACAGCGUCCUGCAGCACGGAGGAGCCACAGACCCCAACAGGAGAGACAGUCUGGUCCUGACGAAGUCCGGUGCAGCAGAGUUUCGUUUCCGCCUGGCUGGCGUCCAGCUGUCCGACAGAGGUUUCUACUGGUGUCUCAUGGCGGCGUUUACCAAGGAGCGGGCGGGACAGACCUGGGACAAAAAAGCCACCACAGAGUCCAACAAAGUCAAGAUCGACUUCCAGGAAAAUGGCCCGUCCUUCUCCGUCGCCAUCCAAUCAGACACCACCAGUGUGUAUCCGUGGGAAACGGCCAAGAUGGAGUGUUCGCUCAGCGUCUCUGGAUCCUCCCCGAAGACUGGCGCACACACAGACGACCUGGCGUACGAGGUGCGUUGGUUCUUCACCAGGCUGCGCGGCGGACUGACGACGACCCAGGUGGCCAGCGUGGAUCGCUUCGGCGUCGUGAGGAAAGACGCUCGCAACUCGUCCAGCGACGUCUCUAUAGAGCGCAAAGACACACACACCUACAUGCUGAACAUCCACGGCACUCAGGACAGUGACAGCGGUGAGUAUCACUGUGUGGCCACGCCCUGGUACCUGUCGGCCUCAACGGGAUCCUGGACUCAAGCCGGAGAGAUGACGUCCUCUCGAGUCUUCCUUACAGUCCGAUUCGCUGUGUGGGAGUCCCUAAAGUUACCUCUCUUAUAUGGAGUAGCAGCCUCAAUAGGUGUGGGCCUCUUCUCUCUGGUCCUGGGUCUGGUUUGCGCCCAGUGCUGCUGCCGCAACACCACACACACUCCCCGCUCACGCAACAAACUGAUGGACCUGGAGAUGGACUGACAAACAGUUUCCCCCGCACCCACACACUGCAGCGCCCACAGGAAACCCCACACACACAACAGACACACGCCCAUAGACGAUUACUGGGACACCAAGUUGUUUCCAUGCGACGGACAUUGGGAGUAAAAAAUGACACGUCGCUUUGGAAACAGAAGCCUGACCGGUCAAUCGCAGUGCUUUAAAAGGUGCUCGGGGUUUCUCGGCUCUGCAGUGGAGGAGCAGGGGGCUUUUACAAGCACCAACAAGACUUCUAUGGAGAUCCAUUAAAAUCUGUUUUUUUUACACGGAUACGUUUGCUCCCUCUUUAGACAACAAGAAACUCUGAAGAAUCCAGAGUUUAAUUUUUGAGGACCAGGAGGCUUCUGAGACAUCACUGCCACUUGGGAAUAAAGGACCACUAAACAGCUCUGCUGCCUGUGUAACCACAAGGGACAAAUCAUGAAGCGCUCAGGCUGGACUACCUUCUUCUUUUUUUCUUUUCUUUUUCCGAUGCCAAGGCUCUUUGCAGAAGUCUCUCAGAGAAACCACCCCAGCGUACCCCGUUGAAUUUUCUUUUUUGAGGAAAAUUCAAAGGGUGGUCGGGGUUGGAGAGGCGGAAAAAUGGCAUUUUUAAGUCUUCAAUCCGCGCCUCUAAAUGUCCCUCUUAAGUCACAUGUUGUUUUAUAUUUGCAGAGGCUGGAGGUUUAGGCAGCCUGAGCCUUAUUUCUGUCGCGGAGGAGGUCACGGAGUAAACGUCACGUUCAUACGGGCAGCAGAAGUCCUAGAAAACGAAAGUGCUCCGCGUGCUUUCCACACCAGAGGUAUUGCACUACGACUACCACCCCAGAGUAUUCCUACCUUAACAAAAGGACGAUAUUUACUUUUAUUCUCAGCUCUAGUUUUUGAAAAAUUAAGAGAUUUUAAAACAAGAGACAUUUUUAAGCUUUACAAGGAGAUAUGCAGUUAGUGUGUUUGUGUGUGAGAUAUACUGUACGUGGUGCCAAUAUUUGAACUAACGGAGGUGUGCUUGGUUCAUAUCGCCAGAUCAACACUUGAACAGCCACUAAAAGUGGUGACAGCAAGCACUCUUCUUUUAUAGAUAUUCAGAAAUGUAUCCUGCUGUUAUUUUACCAGAGUCUCGUGUGUGUUAAUGUGUGAGUGCUGUGCUACAGUAUGUGAGACAAAGAGUUGCAUGUACUGUUUUAUAAUGACAGACUGAUGUCAUUCAUGAGCAACACGAACACUUUUCCUGGGUUACAUUUUGACGACUUCAAAGUCUCCUACAUCCGCUUUUUUUUAAAGCUAGCUGUCACUAAUCCAGACUCUGGUGUGCUCACGCUGUGAGCAUCAUGACUCUGUGCAACAAACCCGAUUACUUUCAUGUUGUGAACAGGGAAAAAAUGCAUGUUUCUCAGUUUCAUGUUUGCAUUUUAGGAAAUAUGUUUAUUUGCUAGAGUUGGGAUGUGGUUAGCCUAAUUUAGCAUAAAGACUGGAGGGCAGACAGCUAGUCUGGCUCUGUCCAAAGUGAAUUAAAAUGCCAGCCAGCACCAGCUAAUUAACAUGUAAUAGGCUGUUUGUUUAAUCUGAAAUGUGUCUGAUGAAAAGGAUUAAAUAAAUGAGAUAAAAUGUGUUAAUUAGAGGCGCUGGUUGGCACCCUGUUCUGCUUUUGUCUAUACUAAGCUAGCCACGUUCUGACUCGAUUGAUACGAAUCUUGUUGCAUAACCGUCAAAAAAGAUGCAAAUAACCUUAUUUCCCGAAAUGUUAAACAAUUUUAAACAUCACUUUAUUUAAAUGGGUUUAAGGGGCAGUUAACAUUAUAGUAAAUCUUUUGUUGACACUCUUGGUUUAGCCGCCACUUUAGAUAAAACCAUGUCCACUUCUGUACGAUAAAAGCUAUGCUGCAUUGAUGAGUUUACUGUUUAUCUGACCACAAACUGGACAAGAAUUGGCUAGCUAGUGAGAACAAGCUAGCUCUGGCUAGUUAGCGAGCUAGCUUGUCCGUCUCUGAAGCUGCAGCUGCUAGGCUCAGUUUCUGUAACCAGUGCAACAUGAAAGCUUAAAAGAAUUAGCAAGCUAGCUUGCCACCAAGGCUUCUUUCAUAGGAGAGGGUUUUCUGUAACCAGUUUAGCAUAAAAAGUGUGAUAGAACUAGCAGCUAUCAAUGCUGCAUUCAGGUUUUGUCCUGCUGUAGCGGCUUUGGUUUUCAUCUAACGUGGGAUGGAAAACGAUAGACAUGUUGUCCCGUUUUCAGUUUUAAGUUAGCCUAAACAUUGAGUUACACUGUCAAACAAGCUGUACUAAAAUCUGUUCCUUAAACAUUUAUAACCAGAUGGUUUCAGAGAUUUCAAUGCCCUUUUUCUAAUCAUUUGAGAUGUUUUAUCUUUUGUAGAGAAAAGUUUUACCUUGCACUUAACAGCCAAAACAAAAAAAAAUCAUAACUGUAGAACAAAAACACCACCAGCUGAAUAUGAACGUCAGCUGUUCCCAACAUAUAUCAGCUGGCAUCUGUUUAGUCUAUGUGGUGUUUUUACAGCAAAUUAAUGACUUGUUGUAUAAUGUUGACUGCUGCGUGAAUGCCCACUCACAGUUCCAGCAACAACAACACACAAAGUGAGGAA